GGAGACGGCUUUUGACCUUGUCCGAAAGAUAACCCUCACAAACUGCAUCUCCUUCUCUCUCUCUCUCGUCUCUUCGUCGCGUCAUGAUGCAGCAGCCACCUCCAUCCUCCAACCAGCAACCGUGGAUGAUGCAGCCGCAUCAACAACAAGGCCAGCAGCCACCAGCAGCAGCAGCAUGGAAUCCUCAAUCGGCGCCGUCUCUAGGUCAACCACAACAGCACUACGGCGGCGGUGGUGGUGGAUCAGGCGACGAGAUCCGCUCCUUGUGGAUCGGAGACUUGCAGCCAUGGAUGGACGAAAACUACCUCAUCAACGCCUUCUCCAUCACCGGCGAGGUUCAACAAGCGAAAGUCAUUCGCAAUAAGCAGAGCGGAUACUCUGAAGGCUACGGCUUUAUCGAGUUCGUGAGCCACGCUGCAGCCGAGAGGAUCUUGGCAUCUUACAACGGUGCUCAGAUGCCUAGCAGCGAGCAGACCUUCAAGCUGAACUGGGCUGGCGAGAGGCGCCAGUCCGAAGGGCCCGAGCACACUGUUUUCGUUGGUGACUUGGCGCCUGAUGUUACUGACUACAUGCUUACCGAGACGUUUAAGAAUGUGUAUUCGUCUGUCAAGGGAGCUAAGGUUCUGAUUGAUAGGACCACGGGACGGUCCAAGGGGUACGGGUUUGUUAGGUUCGGGGAUGAGAGUGAGCAGAUGAGGGCUAUGACUGAGAUGAAUGGUCAGUAUUGCUCGUCUAGGCCUAUGCGUACUGGUCCAGCUGCUAACAAGAAGCCUCUUGCAAUGCAACAACAACCAGGUGGAUAUCAGACCACUCAAGGAAAUCCCGGAGAAGGUGAUCCAUCUAACACAACAAUUUUUGUUGGAGCUUUGGAUGAAAGUGUGACAGAAGAUGUUUUGAAGUCAGUUUUUGGUCAAUUUGGUGAACUCGUUCAUGUUAAAAUACCAGCAGGAAAACGUUGCGGAUUUGUUCAAUUUGCUAAUAGGGCUUGUGCAGAGCAAGGACUCAACGCGUUGAAUGGAACACAACUUGGGGGACAAAGCAUUCGUCUUUCAUGGGGUCGCAGUACUUCCAACAAACAGGCUCAACCUGAUCAAGGCCAGUAUGGUGGUGGUGGUGGAUACUAUGGGUAUCCUCCUCAGGGAUACGAAGGUUACGGAUAUGCACCUCCUCCUCAGGACCCUAACGCCUACUAUGGUGGCUACCCUGGUGGUGGCUACGGAAACUACCAGCAGCCAGGUGGCUACCAGCAGCAACAGCAGUGAAGCAUGAUGUGAAUGUCGUGGUCGAGCUGAAGUACUAGAAAGCUGUCUGUGCAUUAGCUUUUUCUCUCUACAACUCUUCUUUUUCUUUUGCUUUGUUUCUCUCUCUCGCGUGACAAUUGUUGAGUGCCCUCCGUAUACAAAGAGGCUUUAACUGAAUUACUUUUUUUUUGUCAUUCGACUAUUACAUUUCUCUUUGUUGUUUCAGUACCGUUCUCUUGCA